UUUUGACGGCUAGGAUUGGGCAGACGGUUCCAGGUUUCAUUCUGAGUAGAUACUAUCUCAAGACUUCUCCUUCUCUCAACUAAUUGUCGCUGGUCAACAAAACAAAAGUUCCUAUGGCGAGUUUUUACAUCAUCCUGGCCUGUUCUCUGCUCCUGGUGGCAGGUGCAAAUGCCUCCUGUUUCCAAAUGAGAACGUCUUGCGAACCGGGUCCAUAUUACGAUGACAUUCCCGGCACUUCAACAAAAUGUCUCGAGUGCACAUGUAACGACAAAGGUGAUGCUGUUGGCUGCUGUUACAACAUUCCUUAUCCUGCUGAGUACGACACGAAGAAGUGCGUGGCAAUCUUCGAUGAAGAUAACUGUCAAUACAACGUGGUUCGGGCAAAGAACCCCAGAAAAAACUGCCCCGUCAACGCAUGGUUAGGCUAAAUAGCGCCCCCAUCGUCGAGCUUGGUUUCUCGCCAAUAAGACGAUCAAUUCGUGUUUUGUUUUCUUUUAAACCUGGGUCCGAUUUCAUAGAGCUGUUUAUAAGCACAAAUACGGAGCUCUAAGCACAACAACAUUAUGCUUAUACCGGAACGAGUUUUCCAUCAGACAAAAUACAAUUCAGUUGUAACUGAUGUCCUUUUCGCUUGGCAGAAUUGUUAGGCACUUCUGUUCUAGCAGCUCCCUGAAAUUGUCACUGAUAUAAGAAAUAGCCUGAAACAAUUUCCUCCUGUUUUAUCUGUAUAUGAAACGACUUUGGCUUAUGGCUAUGGCUACUAGGUGCAUGAUACUGCGUUGACAAAGGGCAUUUGUUGCGAUCAGGGGGACAAACAUUUGCUUUGCAUGAAAUUUCUUCCUUAAUAAAAACAGGAUUUCCAACCAAAUUUUAAUUUGUUGCAUAGCCUAUUG